AUGAUGCGCACUAGCCCGCGAAGUAUUCAGCAGCCCAUGUACCGCGGGGGACAGGGAGGGUUCCAACAGCAGCACCAGAAUUAUCACCAAUACCAGCAUAUUCCGGGUCGCCGAAACAGCAACUUAAGUCCCGUGAGUGGAGGUCGGGGUGGUAACAUGGGCGCCCCUUUACAUUUUGAUCGCCAUCACACGAUACGGUUGGUGUGCCCCCGCAGCAACACUGUGGUUUGUACACGCCUAAACCGUGUUCUUCCGACCCUCGCAAAGGCACAAAGUGGUGCAGCUGUCUGCGAGGAUUUUAUGUAUGCUCAAAGCUGCCCAUAUGGCGAGUCAUGUACCAAGGUACAUGUUCCGAAAGAACACACAUGGACCUACAUUACACCCGACAUUAAUAGGAGCACGGGUCUGUUUGAACCGGGAUUUAUUGUUCACUGCUACGGUCCAAGAAUGACGCAGUAUUACCCAAUACAGAGCGAAUUUGUCUUAAAUACUCGUGGCAGCCGUGAAUAUGUGAAGAUGUAUAACGAACAUGGAGAUAACUUUAAAGCCAAAUUUAAGCUUUGUGAGAGUAUGCUAACCCGUGGAGAAUGCAGUCUGGGAGAAGCCUGCGAUGAUAUUCACGCCAUUCGUAAUGAUGUUUGGAACAUGGAGAGCAACACCACACAUAUUGCAGAGCCGGAGCUGCUAGCGAACUAUCCUCGCCUUCCGGCAAAUAUUACAGUGCGUGCUUUUGAACAGAACAGUAAAGAUUCCUUUGUUGAUUAUCCUGGUGAUCAAGUGCUUUUGACGUUGGGUUCACGUCAGUACUUGACGGCGUUUGAGGCUGAGGGAACAAUUCCCAAGAAGAAGAUGCAACACUGUGCCCAUUUUCGAACCAAUCAUCUCUGUCGAAGGGGUGAAAGCUGUCGUUUUCUUCAUGUUGUCACAGAUACCGCCGGAUCGCCUGUUAACUCGAUUGUGGGGGAAGUAAGCCCCAAUAGCACAUCUCGUGGCGAUUCUCCCAGCUCCGAUAUUACUGUGAACCCUCGUGUUCGCCACAACGGUCCUUGGAUGAGUGGUAGCCAGGUGGCACUUAUGGUUGCACAACGUUUUACUGGGGCAACUGACGCUGCGUCGCCAAAAGUCAACCAGGGAACUGUAGGGGAGCCAAUGUUAAGCAACAGUGGCACGGAGAGUAACAACCCUGUAUUCAUGGCACGGGAGGAGCAUCAAGCAUCUGGUGAAGCAACUCCAAGUAUUCUGCCAUCGCGAAUGAUUUUCCCUAAUCAGGCAACAAUGGACAUGAGUGGCAAGAUGCGGAUGAUCAGCCCCACGCGGCGCAACAACCCGUACGCCAUGUACCACGGAGAAGAGUAA